CGCGCGGCGACGCUCAGUCUCGUCCGUCGCAAUCCAGUGCAGAUAUACGUGCAAUUACCCUGUCAACAGUGCUUAAAAUCCUCGUUCGUGCUCGUGCCGCGCUCGUUGGCACGCGGUGAUCGAUAACGUUCGCCGACGAGCCGCCGUCGAUCGCGACACAUUCCGCGCUGCGAUUGCCGGAAAGAAAAGAAAAAGAAAAAAAACGGGGAAGCAAACCGUAGAGCGAUAGGAAAGUUCGAAGCACGCGGCGCGCGGAGAUAAGUUCAACGACGACGGUGAUUUGACCGUUCUCUCCGUCGCGAAGGGGCGAAGGGGCGAAGGGACCGCAAGUGUAAAGUUUGUCAAGUUAGGACAGCGAGUCCGGUGCACUAUCGCUCCGGUAGCGCGCGGUGAGUGUUAAGACAUUGGUUUGUACCGCCACCGGUUUAGUUCGCGGAUGUGGAACAACUGUUCGUUCUAGUGACUGCAAUCGUCGAGGAAAAAAAGUGUUUCGUAACAGAGGCAGAUGUGGUGGCGUGCAGUUCCGCAUAGUUUUUCUUACGUGACCUAACCGCAGAGAUUAUUGCGCGAGUGGUGUCAGUGCGCUUUUGAACUGCAUCCGGCGGUGACCGCCGAAGAACCGACGUUCCGAGAACUAAGCUUGGACACUAUCGAGAUGAAGACUCACCACCUGUGGCUAGAAGCGGCCGUGGCUCUCUUUAUGAUAACAGGUGCGAGUUGCCUGCGGGAAGUCAGCCUGGAAGUAGUUCCGGACGUGGUGCAACGUGGUCAGGAGGCGAUUCUGCGGUGUAAUUAUGAUCUUGAGGCGGCGCCACUCUAUUCCCUCAAGUGGUACCGGGGCAGGCACGAAUUCUACCGAUUCUCGCCCACCGAAGACCCGACCACCAAGAUCUUCAACAUCUCCGGGAUUUACGUCGACCCCGCCAACUCGAACAAGAGCCAGGUAACGCUCCGCAACGUCGACUUCGGCCUCUCGGGUACAUUCAGCUGCGAAGUUACGGCAGACGCGCCGACCUUCUCCACGGCCUCCGUCUCGAAGAAUCUCACCGUAGUGUCUCUGCCUGGCGGAAGACCCGUUAUUGCAUCAGAACGCGAUCGCUACGACCCGGGAGACAUGUUGAGGGCAAAUUGCAGCCUGCCACCAUCGAAGCCGCCAGUUCACCUCUCAUUCACGCUCAACAACAUACCGGUGGAGGCGACCGCGAGGCAGCUCCGUGCGAAAGACGAGGACGGGGCGCAGUGGAGCGAGAUGAGCCUCACCCUUCAGCCGUUCCAUUACACGAACGGCCAGUUGAAUCUACGUUGCACCGCACAGAUACCUGGCAUAUACUCGACGACGAGCGAGCUCCAGCUCGGCACGGGAAUACGCGAGCCCGUACCAGAAAGAGUAACCUCAGAAAACGGAAGCGGCACGCACACGAUGACAUUUGUGACAAUACUCUGCCUGGGCAUGCUCCAUCUGCUUCUGAGAUAGUCACGGCACGCCUGAGAUCACGAGAAGGGAGCUCACGGGCGUCGCAUGAUAAAUAGCACACUAGUCAACAGGAGAAGGGGCUGGAGAAGGAGACGAUGGAACGAGAAUUUAAGGAUCGCGUAUGGAGGGCGCAGAAACAAAUAUUGUUAAACCGAUAUGAUUACCUAAGUAUUUUUCUUUUACUUUUUUUUUCUCUUUCUCUCUUUCUCUCUAUUGUAUAGUGCAUUGAUUUACGUUUUUUGGGACGGGAUUAGGGAUCGUGAAUUCUGCAUGUUUCCCGUUUUUGUCAUGACUGUUGACAGUAGCGCGCUGUGUUAACCUUCGACUGGUGAAACUGUUCUCGACCUGAACACUGCCAUUGUAAUUAGAAUCAAAAAGAAACGCGACGUUCAACAUUUGAUAUCUUGCGCGAUCGCAUGAGAUCGCAAAUUGUUACCGUUAUAUAUUUUACAACCGCGUCUUUUAUAUAGCCUGUUACUUUGUACAAAAAAAAAACGCGCCCGCGCGCGUACGUGAUUGUUUCUUGUUUAUCUUUUCGGUCGUGUAUAUAUAUAUAUGUAUAUAUACAAUAUAUAUAUAUAUGUAUAGACAGAAAAGAAAGGACGGCAAACGCGCAUUGCCAGUCAAGGGUUAACGUGGAUCCCGGAUUGGACCCUGACCGGUGGAGAAAUAGAUAAUCGGAUAAAGGAUCGCCGCAGCUAAAUCCGUCGGGAAACUCGCUGCGAUGCGUUUUACGCGGCGCGGGGAAUCGAAAACAAGGGAAGCGUAGCCAAUUAGUCGCGUUCGAUUACUGCCAUGGCGCUCAAUUUGACGUUCGCGAUGAAUAAUGAACAAAAGGGGUUCAUCCAAGGAUAUAGAACGACAGCGAGAAAGAAGGAUAGGUUUCCGACGUCGAUUGCACGUAUACAUACGUCUGUAGGUGCUUGUAUAACUCGCCUCCGAGGGAUUUGCGAUCUUUGUCGCGAGAGAGAAAGAAUGAGAGAAAGAGAGUAUAUGUGUGUGAAAGAGAAAGAAAGAAAAGAGCAGCGAGCGAGAAAGAGGGUGAGAGACGUUCUCUUUCGCUACACCGCUGACAAGAAGAGAUCCGAACCAGCGUGAUCGCACAAAGGAAGAGGAUAAAAGCGGUGCGAAAAGUUUUCGCAUACCGGGAGAGAGGAAAUCGCCGCCGAACUCUCGUUUCGCGAAAUCGUAUCUCUCUCUCUCUCUCUCUUUCUCUCUCGUACUCUCUCCCGGUAACAACGCACUCGACGUGCACUCGAAUAUCUCUCCAAUACACUCGCCAAAGACGUGCGAUUCGAGUCCAUUUGUCCAUUGUCCAAACGCUCCCGGGCUCGCUUGUGUAGGCGGAUCAAUGUCGCGAGUUUCGAAGCGGAGGAGUUCGGAUCGCGCGCGGUAUCGGAUCGUACCUUUUUUAUUUUUCCUUUUUUUUUCUUUUUUUUCUAAGUUCUCGUUUUUCGCGUAUCACGUGCGAGAGAGCGACGUGGUUGCUGCGCUGCUGCUAUUGCUGCCGCUGUUGCUGCCGCUGUUGUGGACAAAUGCGGUCAUAGAUAAGCAAGGUAUGUACUUACGUCGAUUAUUAUUGAUUAAUCGUGCGCGAUUCGCUCUAACAAAUUUAUUGCCCAAUUAUUUUUUUAAUGACGUACAAGAGAAGAUAAAAUUCGAUCUAGCUGUUCUUUCCUCUGUAUUUCGUCCUUUCUCUUUUAACGCGGUAUGUACAUUUGUGAUAUAUACGUUUUUACCUAUUUCGCUGCUUUAUCACCCCUCGUAGACUUUGAAAUGUAACGUUUAAGCUGGACGACACAUUUUACCGAUCUCCGACGUCCUCGCGCUGUCGAGCUCCAGGACGAGUGUCAAAGCUUUCUGCAGGUAUACGACGUCGUUGGGCGUGUAAUCUGUGGAAGGGCUCGUUUCGAGAAUCGAUUUAUCGAAGGAGAUAGAGGGGAGACCGACGCGUUGGAAAGAACGGCACGAACGUUGCGUUUUUCAUUCUCCAUCCACCUCCGCUUUAUUAAACGGACGAUAAACUCCGUGGACGAUCCCGCGCGUCUAUAAACCGGCCGCACGUUACAGCUUGUUUCUUCAUCCUGAACACAGAAAUCGUUUGUAUUAACUCCCAUCUCCCCUCCUCUCUCAAACAGAAUGCGUCUCUUCUUCUCUUUCCUUCGCUUUCGCCCCCGACGCGCAUAUGAUAGCAUUUGGCACGCUCGCGACCGCUCACAAAUCUCUUCGCGAAGUAAUGCGUAUCGGCGUGGAACUAGGCGGAAGGCACCAUGCGAACCGCGACCCUUAUUUUUCAUACAAGCAGAUUCGCCGAUUCCCCGACUGGUGUAGUAAAAUCGCGCCAAAUCGCCGAAAUCGGUUUCGAGCGUGCUAAUAUUCCGAGCGAUGCUCGAAACGAAGAUUGAUUCUCAAUAAUCUCAGACGAACUUGAAAGUCGUAGGAUUAAUUUGUAGCGAUAAUCACGAAUAGUUGAGUUUUUAAUUUAAAAAUAGAGAUAUACAAUGGAUGCAUUUUUAUAAUAAUUUUAUUAACAUUGUUUUUGAGACGAGGAAGUUAUUUUGUUUUUUAAUAAGUUAUUUUAAUUUAUGGAGCUAAAAGCGUGCAGAAUUAUUAUUUUGUGAACGAACGUGUGAAUUACACUACUGGGUAAUUUCGCGAAAGUUUCAUUUGCGAGGAUCGGAUGAAAUGUGGCGGAGACAGGACGAUUCUCUUGAGAGCAGUUAAUCUUUGCGCCUAAAGUAUGAAGCUCGUUUUUGUAAAUGGGUAAGUAAGAUAAAAGCUCGAGUUAUUACUGAUUAUUUACCGAUAAGUUUACUAUUAUUCCCGAGAAAGUUAGAACAUCCCCGAAGCGACGUCAAAACUUAUCUCAACAUGAUGUAACAUAUGUAUACUAGAAAUAGGAUAAAUAGGAAUAUUUCGUUAAGCCAGAUUUUAAUUUUUUUAGAUUUAAGAUAUUCUAUAAAUUAUUAUUAUUUUUGGGCAUUAUACUUUUGUUAAUGUAAAUACUUAUUUUUAACAGAUAUAAUAAACUUGCAUGAACACAAAUCUCAUCGGUUUUCUCUUUGACAAGAGAAAAAUAUCUCGCAGAUGCAAAUGUUUCUCCUCUCCGGCAUAUUAUUAGCAUUUUAUUAAUACAAAUUUGCGAUAAUUUUUUUUCUCGAGCUAU